AUGCGAGAUUAUGUCUGGAAAAGAGACAGACAAGUUACUCGGCCCGACAACAAGCAACCAACUAGCAACUAUCAGGUGCAGCCGUCAGACUUGAAGGGACGGUUCAGAUUAAACGUGCCGGCUCCUAGGAAGGGCAACCACACGAAAGCCAAAUCAUUCACAAACAACUCUAGCUUAGUGUCGUCACAUCCAGCUAGACGGACAUCACCAAUUAGCCCACUUACCGUACUAGGAGCGCCAUAUGACCCGUUUGAUGCGUACAUGUUACGCCUUGGUCCCGAAAGCAGGCGGCUUAUUCAUCACUACUACCAUGGAUGCUCGAUGAGCUUGGUAGCCUAUAACAUAGGCGGCCGCGAAUGCUUGACCAAUGCAAGAGAACACCCUGCUUUGUUUCACUCCAUAUUAUACGUCGUUUCGCUCGUAUAUAAUCUUGAUCACGAUCCAAAAGAAAGAUCAGGAUCGCUGUUUCACUCUAUAGAAGCUUUCAGAGCUAUUAAUACCCAUCUACAAAAAGGAACAUUCAGUGACAUGACGAUUGCUGCGGUGGCUCUGAUGGCCACAAAAGAGACCCUUGAUGGAAGUUUUGAAAGCGCAAGUGCUCACCUGAACGGCUUACAAAUAAUGGUUGAGAGUCGCGGCGGUGUCGAAAACCUAGCCUGUCGACAUGGCAAAGCUGUUCUGUGGUCCGACCUGUGUUACUCAACUGUGUGGGAUCGUGAACCAAGAUUUGCGCCUCAUCCCACCACAACACCACGGUACCUACACAUGGCCCAAACUAUUGGAGAUUCGCGCCUUGUGCCGGAAGAUGCCUUCGAUCCUAAAUCCUCCGUCAUUCCAAUCAUACGAUUCCUUCGAAAUGUGACUCACUCAAUGAAUGAUGACGCAGAUUUUGAAUUGCGUGAGUUUAAUGCCAGUCAGGAGCUCUACGACGUUGAGUAUCAACUGCAAACGUCUAAAACUGAUACUCAAUCCAUGCUUCAUACAGCAGGAGCCAUCUCACUAAGCAUUUCCAUGCAUUUAUACCUAUAUCUGGUUAUCAGAGGCAUUCCAAUCAAGUCCAGACUCGUUAGUGCACUUGUGCAGAAACUGAAGGCUUCUAUAGUUGAGGAGGUUACUGAGCGUUGGCAGGCUGAGGAAAACAAUUACAUCUGGCUGUUGUGGAUACUUUUCAUAGGGUUCGGGGGAUCGCAAAAAGGUGGUGAAAGGGAUUGGUUCACGAGAAAACUGAAGAACUGGCGCAACAUCCACACGGGAAGGGCUUUUGAUGCUUCGCUGGAUAGCCUGCUGAAGAGAGUCAUUUGGCACAAUGUUUGGUGCGAAGAUGUUUACAAGCGUUUAUCAAAGGAGCUGUGGCCAGAGAAAUGA